AUGCGAACGAACAUCUCAAAUGACUUCGUCGUCUCAGACCGAGGCGGCGUAAUUGAAAACCGCCAUGCUGUCCACGCCGCAGUAGUAGACAGCAAAGGCCGCCUUCUAUACGCCCUAGGCGACCCAGCAAGAACAACACUCGCACGCUCAGCCGCAAAACCUGCACAAGCAGUCGCCAUCCUUGAAACCGGCGCAUUCAACAAAUAUGAUCUGGACGAAGUUGAUCUAGCUCUUAUGUGUGCAUCGCACAGCAGUGAAGAGCGCCAUAUCUUGCGCACACGCGCGAUACUAGCAAAGAUCGACGCCGAUGAAGCUGAUCUGAAAUGCGGUGGUCAUACGCCUAUUUCUGAGGUUGUGAAUCGAGCAUGGAUCAAGGGUGACUUUGUUCCUACUUCUGUAUGCAGUAAUUGCUCUGGCAAGCAUGCUGGUAUGAUUGCUGCGACGAAGACGCUUGGUGCUGAUGUAGCAACAUAUCAUUUGGGUGAUCAUCCGCUGCAGGUGCGGUUGAAGAGGACUGUGGAUGAGAUUUGUGAGCUUGGAGAGCGGGAGUCAACUUGGAGUAUUGAUGGAUGUAAUCUGCCUGCUCCGGCUUUUCCUUUGCUUUCUUUGGGUCGGAUGUAUGCUUCUUUUGCUGAGGCUGUUGAUACAGUUGAUGGUGAGGGUAACGGUGCAGGAAGUGCUAGAGUGCAAAUGCAGGCUCGAGUGUUCCGGGCCAUGUCUCGACAUCCUGAGUUUGUUGCGGGUGAGGAUCGGUUCUGCACUAUUCUCAUGCGCGCUUUCCCGGAGAUGCUUAUCGGUAAGCUCGGGGCAGACGGAUGUUAUGGGGUUGGAGUUCGGGCGUCUGAGCAGACGAAACGAUUUGGCGCUGAUGGCGCAGUUGGAAUUGCUGUCAAGAUUGAAGAUGGUAAUAUCGGGAUAUUGUAUUCGGCAGUGUCAGAGAUUUUGAACCAGCUUGACAUUGGGGAUCAUGAUAUGCGACAGAAGCUUGCGCACUUCCACUCUCCAGAAAUCAAGAAUACUGUGGGGGUAGUAACAGGCAAAGUCUCGCCGCAUUUUAGCAUGCGUUUGAUUCAAUGA